AUAAAAAUAAAAUAAGUCCGUGAGACUUAAAAGGGCACAAACUUUUUUCAUUCUUUUUAAAGGCCCGCUCUUAGAACCGGGUUCAGCUGAUUCGACACAGCACAGGCGAGAGGAAGCUGUUCCCGCCAAGACGUGAAAGUGUUUGUUCAUUGCUGCUGGAGGAAGAUACUGGAUGGCCCCAGCAAACUGAAGUUGCCGAAUAUCCACGAGCCAAGGAUAAGGGCAAUUACAUUUUUUUGAGACUCACACACCUCUUUGAUUAUGGUGUGACCAGUGUUACUAGCAAAUUAAGGUAGACGUUUAGUGUUGGAAUACCUGUUGAGCCCGUUACCCAGGGGCUCUGGUUGCAUUUGUGGAUUUUCUGGACAGUUGUCCAGCAGAAAGUGAACUGACAGCUUUCUAACAGCUCGUUCUAAGAUUAAGCUAUUGAAUUUGUACUUCACAUUAGUGCUUAAUAUUCAAAGUAUUACUGAUUCUUAUUUUUAUGAAUCAAGUCCUGGAAAAGGCUGAAGUACCUGAAUGAAAUAGUAGCCACAAUGGAAAAACUUCUCAGAUGCUAGCGUGUGGUUAGGUCCUCUUAAUUUUAUUGCUCUAUACAUAGAAGGGCAAAUGUUCUCAGGUAUAAUGUUUGUAGUUUGCCAAUUUAUUCAUUACCAGAGCGUUAGAUUUCUAUUAAGUUAGUGGGGGUUUUGUUACUUUUUUUUGCUCAGUAAAGUAAUUCUAUUAAAAAAUUUUGAAUCAAGAAAUGCACUCUCACUUCACUUAAGAUUAGUGCUUCUUUAAUGAUAAAAAUCAUUUUGCCAUGAUAGAAGACACUUUUUUGGAAGAAGAAAUCUGGGAAUACAAAUCGAAAAGAAAACCAAAACCAGUACAUUCAAAUAAUUUCUCUGAGAAUAUUUCAAAAUCUGUUGAAAAAGCAACAGGUAGAAAAUAUCAGUCAAGACAAAACAGAAAUAAAAAAAGAACUGUAGAAGCUAAAGAGAAGGCGAAGGACCCUGAAGUGUGUGUUGGAGAAACAUACAGUCAAACUUCUGUAGCUUCUGGUCAGGAUUCUGGUUGCAGGGAUGGUAUUCAGCAGCCCCAAGACAAGGAGACCACUCCAGCAAAGUGCUGUAAGGCUCAGAAAAGCAAGCAGGUGUCUCCAAAAAUACGUCCAGUUUAUGAUGGAUACUGUCCAAACUGCCAGAUGCCUUUUUCCGCAUUGCUAGGUCAGACACCUCGAUGGCAUGUUUUUGAGUGUUUGGAUUCUCCACCAGUCUCUGAAACAGAGUGUCCUGAUGGUCUUCAGUGUACCUCAACAAUGCCUUCUCAUUACAAGAGAUACACUCAUCUCCAGCUAGCUCAGAGCAGGGCUAGUAAUAGUCCUUCCAACAUUCCAUCACAUGGGGCAGGUGGUAGUUUCACUGAGAAGAAUUCAGGCUUUUUUUGUAGUCUUGAGGAAGGAUGGUCUCAGGAUCAGAAACAAAUGGAAGACUUCAAAAAUGUUUCAGCUGUUCCCUUUGUGGUGACGCAGUGUCUCAGAAAAUCUCAGUCUCCAGCUGAAGCCCCUAGAAAGAUUUCCUCUUCAACAAAUAUCCAAACAUCCCAACAAGCCCCACAGUUUACAGAAUUUGUUAAUAACGACAAACUGGUAGGAGUUGGUGUGCCUCUUGCUGAAGAAUCAGAUCGCCAAAACAACUCAGAACACCUACGUUUGGCAUUGCCCGAAAAUGACUUUAGCAACUGUGAAAUCUCCUAUUCUCCACUUCAAAGUGAUGAAGAAUCUUCUGAUAUUGAUGAAAAGCUGGAGGACUCACAGCAGGAACUCUUUUUUACAGGAAGCUCUGAAGAUGGCAGCCUGGAAGAAGAUGAUAAUAGCUCUGCUUUGUUUAGCAAACUCCAUGGUCCCUUACUGAAGGACCAGGAGGAGCAUGGCCCCGAAGUGAACAGCUUCCCAACUCAGGGCACAUACAAUGAAGAAUUGUACAAGUGCAACACUCUAAAUGAUUCAUCUCAAUUUGUUUUCCAAAAUAAGAAUAUUACUUCAUGUGAUGAUCCAGCAUAUACUGAUGGUGAUUUUAUGUUGUUUCCACCUGCAUUAGCAGAGGGGCUUACUUCUAGUUACCAAGUCGCUAGUUACCAAACAAAGCCUGAUGAGCCAAAAUUUCACUCAUCUCAAUUAAAUAUACAGAAACAGGUCAUUGAAGAAUCAGCUGUUCACAAUCAAAUUUCUCUUUCUUUACUUAAGCAUCAAAUGCCAAAACGUUUGGAAAGCCGGGAGGGAAGCUGUCUUACUUUCCGUCUAACCCAGAGUAAAAGCAGGGAAUUAUCAAGUAAGAAUUACAAUGCCAAGAACAAUACUAGCUCAGUAUGUUCCUGCAGAAAGUCAUUAGAGGGUAUGUUAGACAGUGAAGUUACAGUUUUAAAUACAGAGAAAUUUUCUGGUGCAUAUACUGCUGCUAAGUCUCUGAAAAUAUUGCCAUCUGAUCCUAAGUGUAAGGCAACACACACUUCUGCCAAAGCAAUGAAGCAAAUGGAUAUAGGUGUGUAUUUUGGACUACCACCGAAAAGAAAAGAAGAGAAAUUGCUGGGGGAAGGUGCAUUCAAAGGGAUGAGCUUAAAUCCAGUCCCAAGUCCUAAUGAAAAGAGGUCCCGGCAGUGCAAGAGGAAAGCAGAAAAAUCUUUAAGUGAUUUAGAACUUGAUGAAAAAAUUUUGGAUGAGCAUCAGCCCUCUGUGGAACUUUCUAGGGAGAGAUCACAGCAUCAAAGAAAGAGACGUAAAAAGUCAGAUUCACAGGAAGGAGCACAUCAGAAGAGGUUACAUCACCUCAUUAACAAAAUAGAAUCUGAAAUAGUCAAUGUAAGUCAAGACAAAGUCUUCAUAAAAUCAGCUUAUGGCAGGCUGCCGAGAAGGAAUGUGAAAAUUUCAGAGUCAUCUAAUACAGGAGCGUUGAGAAAAAAGACAUGUCCAUUCUAUAAGAAAAUACCUGGAACUGGCUUCACAGUUGAUGCUUUUCAGUAUGGAUUGGUUGAAGGUUGCACAGCCUAUUUUCUCACACAUUUUCAUUCUGAUCAUUAUGCUGGACUGUCUAAAAACUUCACAUUUCCAGUUUAUUGUAGUGAGAUAACUGGCAAUUUGUUGAAGAGUAAACUUCAUGUGCAAGAACAAUAUAUCUACCCACUGCCAAUGGACACUGAUUGUAUAGUGAAUGGUAUAAAAGUUGUUUUGCUUGAUGCCAAUCACUGUCCAGGUGCUGUGAUGAUCCUUUUUUAUCUUCCUAACGGUAAUGUCAUAUUACAUACCGGAGACUUCAGAGCAGAUCCCACCAUGGAACGUUCUCUUCUAGCAGGCCAGAAAGUCCACACGCUUUACUUAGACACAACAUAUUGCAGCCCGGAAUACUCCUUUCCGUCUCAGCAAGAGGUUAUCCAGUUUGCCAUCAACACUGCCUUUGAGGCUGUAACUCUAAACCCGCAUGCUCUUGUUGUCUGUGGCACUUACUCUAUUGGAAAAGAGAAAGUCUUCCUAGCCAUUGCUGAUGUUUUAGGUUCAAAAGUGGGCAUGUCCCAAGAAAAAUAUAAAACAUUACAAUGCCUCAAAAUACCUGAAAUUAAUUCCCUCAUCACCACAGACAUGGGCAAUUCACUGGUUCACCUUCUCCCAAUGAUGCAGAUUAAUUUUAAGGCUUUACAGAGUCAUUUGAAGAAGUGUGGUGGAAAAUACAAUCAGAUUUUGGCUUUUCGACCCACAGGAUGGACACAUUCCAAUAACUUAACUUGUAUAACAGAUGUUAUUCCCCAGACCAAAGGAAACAUUACAAUAUAUGGAAUUCCUUACAGUGAGCACAGCAGCUACCUAGAAAUGAAACGUUUUGUUCAGUGGCUGAAGCCCCAGAAAAUCAUACCUACUGUGAAUGUUGGCACCUUGAGAUCUAGGAACACAAUGGAGAAAUAUUUUAAAGAGUGGAAAUUGGAAGCUGGAUAUUGAUGUUACCUUAGAGGACUCAGAGUUGUAGAUUGUUAGUAGUUAAAUAUUUAGUGAUAUGA